AGAAAGGGCGAUCUCGGCGAAGGGCAUAAACACUCACUCCCUAUCUUUGUUAUGCAGUAAUGUAAACAGGCAUCACGUGGAUUGGGCUGGCUAUCGGUAAAAGUUCCAGUGUGCACUAGUUUACGUUUAUACACAUCUCACACUGCUGCCAAUUGCAGUCGUUUGGAACCAACGGGAAUUUCUCUUAGGUUGGGUUGCAGUAGCUGCAUUAAAGAUGUUUCCAGCACCUUUACAGUCGACUAGUGUCUUAUUAAUUGGAGUAGUGGUGAGCUUGGUGUUUCAAGUCACGUGUGCUCACAUCUGCAUAAUCUCACCUCGACAGAGAGGCCCGUUUGAUAUAUCACAUCCAGCAAGCAGUACAUGCAUUCGCCAUGGAGCACCAUGCGGUGGCAUGCCGCCUGAAACACCCACAGUGAAGUACAUCGGAGGGACGACUAUCCUCGUGAAGUUCCAGCAGAAUUUGAACCACUAUGAAAUCGGCUAUCCUGGCUACAUGGACGUUGCUCUUGCCAAUAACACGUCAGAUGAUGCACACUUCGACAUUGUUGCAGUGUUUGGUGAUAUGGAUGAGCAUGCGCAAUCACAUCAAAGAAACUAUACCCUACCGCUGACUUUGCCCGACAUUGACUGUCCCCAUUGUGUGUUACGAACGAGAUACAUUGCGCACAAACCCGGAGAGACACCAUUCCUUCAAUGUUCAGAUAUCACGAUCCAAUCAUCCAAGUCAGCAGGACUCGUCACAGAGGAUAUCCAGAGUCGAUCGUCCCCGUCGUUUAUAAACAAGCUUCUGGGUACGAGGUCAAAGCCAUCCGUAGACGUUCCCACCACAGCACCAUCGGCCACCUUGUAUGGGUUUGCCUGGAACGCCGAGAAGUCUGGCGGCAGUAUGUUUGUAACAGUUGAUACGCAGACCGGAGUGAAGGCAAAGGCCGGAUCCAUGUAUUUUGGUCUCGGAUCCGGGAUUCAAUACGGAACACCAUCCCCAGUCGCACAAUCAAACAAGUUCGUCUUGGACCAGAUUGUUUGCUAUGGUCGUGAGAUGCCUUACUUGAACCUCAUAGAGCAUCGUAAUGGGGGGUUGGAUGCCACACCUAAUAAGAUCCUAUGGAUUGAUAUGGUGGUCAAGGAGAUUGCUGGAGAAUAUGAACUACAACUUCCUGAAGAAAUCCCUAUUGUUAGUAUGGUGCCUUAUCUUAGACAGGUCUACCUGACUAUCCAAAUCAAAGAGAUUGAAUCCAACAAAGGAAAUUUCGUAUUUCAGUACGCCACAAUGACAUACGUAGGGAAGUAUGAGCUACUACAUGUAACCAAGACCCCUGAGCCACUCUAUGUGAACUUCCUGUCUGCUUGUUUGAACUACGAGACCAAAAUGCAUUACAUGCUAAUUGGGAAUGAGAACUCUCUGCAGAAGCUAAAUGCAAGAAUCUACUCAUUUGACGUGGCAAAGAGAAAUCUUACAAAGAUUACCGAAGUGGAUGUGAGUCAAUACACAAUCGCUGAUAUUCAAGUUUACGAGAAGACGGGGGAAUUGCUGUCCGUGUCACCCGGUCUCUUUGGUGACUCGUACCCAGCCUACACACUAGUAACACUAAAUCCAAUGGAUGGUUCCAUUAAGAAGAAAUAUGAAGUUGCACCUGCAGGAAUAUUCCGCCAGUAUUAUGGAGGGAACGUCAUCAACAUUGACCAAACAAAUGGAGUUCUCUAUCACGUCCUGCAAACGGAAAGUUUCAAAAAUAUCAUCGCAACUAUUAACCUUAAUACAGGCGCAGUGUCCUAUUCGGGUAUUACAGAUCUUACGAAAAUCUACAAUUUGGCUUUUUACUAGAAGUGAACUGUUUUAUUCUGUCAAAGAUUGAUCUUCAAGUUGUUUAAUGAAUAAGCUGACUAGGCACUUCAAUACAUUGUUUAGUAUAUUAUUUCUAAUUGACAGUAAUAGAGUAGUUUAAAGACACUGGACACUAUUGGCAGUUGUUAAAGACCAGUCUUUUCACUUGGUGUAUCUCAACAUAAUUA